AUGGGCCGGAAAACCGAUCGCCUAGCAGAUAUUGGCUUGCCAUUUGAUAUAAACAAUGGAAUUCGUCCCACACUUCCAGACUUCAUACCAAAAUGUUUUGCAAAUAUUUUACUUCAAUAUUGGAAAGCUGAGCCUUCCGAGCGUCCUACUAUACAAGAAGUACAUAAUGCUCUAUUUUCUUUUAGCAAAGAGGAUUAUGUAGAAUUUCAAAAUACAACUGAGAAGGUAUACACGCAUUGUUUUAGCAGUAAUCUUUCUGAGUUUUCAAGUUCCCUUACAAAUGCGAAUGAGCAAAAUACGUUGACCAAAGAUUUUAAUCUUUAUUGGGAUAUUCAUUAUUCGACAAAGCUAGAUGUUUCUUUCGACGAAAAUAUUGAGUUUGACAUUGAAAAUUUAUAA